AUGGGGAGAGGAAAAAUAGAGAUAAAGAAGAUUGAGAAUGUGAACAGUCGUCAAGUCACUUUCUCCAAGAGACGUAACAGGUUGAUAAAAAAGGCGAACGAGCUUUCGUUUCUCUGUGAGGUCGAUAAAAUCGUCUUCUCCAACACCGUCAAGGUUUACUAUUUCUCCAGCGGAAGGUUCCAGAAAAUUGUUCCUCUUAACGCAUGUAAUGCACCUGGAGCUGAAGACAAUGGUCCUGCCCAAAACAUGACACUCCCUCAUAAGGAAAACGCUCAACAGCCUCCCUGGGACAAGCGGUGCUGUUCCCAAUGCAGAGAUUGA